UUCACUGCCACGCAGGCAACGUCAAGUCAACCAAUCACAUCAGAGUGGGCGGGGACAGGCCAGCGCUUCUGAUAGCCACGUACUAGCUACCAAACGUUAGCAGGCUAGCUAACGUCAGCGAACGUUACAAAUGGAUUUGCCACAUCAUGGAUACCGAGCAAGUAAACAGAGAGGUCGUGCAGCUCCCAUGGGAGGGGAAUCUGUGCUUUUUGACGAUACCAGCACAUCAGCCGUCAAUAGUCAAGGUUAUUACACUCCAGGCUACAACAUGGCAGCGCCCUCCAAUGAUAUGCAGGCUGGAGUGAACAACUUGUUCACCGACCCAAUGGCCAACGCUGCCAUGAUGUAUGGCUCAUCCAUAGCCAACCAGGGCAAGGAUAUGGUCAACAAAGAGAUCAGCAGGUUCAUGUCAGUGAACAAGAUGAAAUACUUCUUCGCCGUGGACACCAGAUAUGUGCUGAGGAAACUCAUGAUCCUCAUGUUCCCUUACACACAUCAGGAUUGGGAAGUUCGCUACCAUCGGGACACUCCGCUGACUCCAAGACAAGAUGUGAAUGCGCCUGAUCUUUACAUACCAACCAUGGCUUUCAUUACCUACAUUCUACUUGCUGGAAUGGCUCUGGGCAUUCAGAAAAGGUUCAGUCCGGAGGUCCUUGGACUUUGUGCCAGCACUGCCCUUGUGUGGAUCAUCAUCGAGGUCUUGGUGAUGUUGCUGAGUUUGUACUUGUUGACGGUACACAGCGACUUGUCCACCUUUGACCUCAUUGCUUACAGUGGAUACAAAUAUGUCGGGAUGAUCUUCACCUUGCUGUGUGGCUUGCUCUUUGGCAGUGAUGGCUAUUUUGUGGCCCUGACCUGGUCCUCUUGUGCCCUUAUGUUCUUCAUAGUCCGUUCCCUGAAAAUGAAAAUCCUCACCUCGCUGGCGUCGGACUCCAUGUCAACCGGCUCCAGCGCCAAGCCCCAAGUCCGCAUGUACAUCACCGUGGCAACCGCCAUCUUCCAGCCUAUCAUCAUUUACUGGUUAACGUCUCACCUGGUCAGGUGACUGUGAGGCGUUCACGUGACCGGACGUCCAAAUGUUUGCCCAGAAAAAAAGCGUGUGUGACUGUUUGUACGCUUGCCUUCUUUAAUACAUGUGUUUGCCAGCCAAGUCCAAACGUGCGUGCGCAGUGUUGAGGUCCUCAAGCAGUGAAGAUAGAACAUUGUGUGCAGUGAUCCUGACAAAUACUCAUUUUCUGCCGCCUAAUUUUUCUUUUGUUUUCUUUUAAGCAAGGGCUGUUAAGACUAUAAGGUUUGUCAGUCGGUGGAGAGUUGCUAGUUCACAAACAUGACUCAAAUGUCUGCAUCAUUUCCACCAGUCCCAAAUUUUAUUUAUCUAAAUACGACAAAGCAUGACGUUUGGAUUUUUUGUAGGAGGAAGAAAAUAAAUAUAUUCAGCUUUGUGUA